UUUUGGCAGCCCGUGGGUGAACUAUUUUCUUCAUUGUUGACCUUUCCUAAAUCUUAGGUGUAAUUAUUUCAUCAUUAGAAGUUAUCCGGCUGUACCUUUAUUAUCAAUUAUUCAUAUACCGACCUAGUCUCGACCAUGGACUCAGAAGAUGACACCAAAGACGAUGUGGACUCGGGGAACGAGUCGAGUGGGGACGAUGUCGAUUUUGCCAUGGACGUUGAGACUCACAACACCAGGGAGCGACAGACGGAGCUGGAGGAGUACCCCUACGAGGUGCUGUCCACGGAGGAGAUCGUGCAGCACAUGGUGGACUGCAUCAAGGAAGUGAACACAGUGGUCGAGAUCCCGGCCACCACAACGCGCAUCCUGCUGAACCACUUCAAGUGGGACAAGGAGAAGCUGAUGGAGCGGUUCUACGACGGGGACCAGGACCAGCUGUUCUGCGAGGCGCGCGUCAUCAACCCAUUCAGGAAACCAGUCAUACAGAGGCAAAAGCUCCCGCGGCGGAUAUCGACGUCGGGCGCGGAAGAGUGCGAGAUUUGCUUCUCAGUUCUGCCCACAUCUAUAAUGACAGGGCUAGAAUGCGGGCACAGGUUCUGCACACAGUGUUGGUGCGAAUAUUUAACUACCAAAAUUAUGGAGGAGGGCUUAGGUCAGACAAUAGCGUGCGCGGCGCACGCGUGCGACAUUCUAGUCGACGACGCGACCGUGAUGCGACUGCUGCGCGACGCCCGAGUCAAGAUCAAGUACCAACACAUCAUCACUAAUAGCUUCGUGGAGUGCAACCGCCUGCUCCGCUGGUGCCCUUCCCCCGACUGCAACAACGCGGUGAAAGUGGCGUACGUGGAGGCCGCGCCCGUCACGUGCCGCUGCGGACACACGUUCUGCUUCUCGUGCGCCGAGAACUGGCACGACCCCGUGCGGUGCGCGCUGCUAAGGAAGUGGAUCAAGAAAUGCGACGACGACUCCGAGACGUCGAACUGGAUCGCCGCCAACACCAAGGAGUGUCCCAAGUGCAACGUCACUAUUGAGAAGGACGGCGGCUGCAACCACAUGGUGUGCAAGAACCAGAACUGCAAGGCGGACUUCUGCUGGGUGUGCCUCGGGCCCUGGGAGCCGCAUGGUUCCAGCUGGUACAACUGUAACAGAUACGACGAGGACGAGGCCAAGGCGGCGCGCGACGCCCAGGAACGUUCCCGCGCGGCGCUGCAGCGGUACCUGUUCUACUGCAACCGCUACAUGAACCACAUGCAGUCGCUGCGCUUCGAGUCCAAGCUGUACGCCAGCGUCAAGGAGAAGAUGGAGGAGAUGCAGCACCACAACAUGAGCUGGAUCGAGGUGCAAUUCCUCAAAAAAGCCGUGGACAUCCUCUGCCAGUGCCGCCAGACCCUCAUGUACACCUACGUAUUCGCCUACUACUUACGCAAGAACAACCAGUCGGUGAUCUUCGAGGACAACCAGCGCGACCUCGAGUCGGCCACGGAGACGCUCAGCGAGUAUCUAGAGAGGGAUAUCACUAGUGAGAACUUGGCUGAUAUCAAGCAGAAGGUGCAGGAUAAGUAUAGAUACUGCGACAGCCGGCGCAAGGUGCUUCUGGAACACGUGCACGAGGGCUACGAGAAGGACUGCUGGGACUACACAGAGUAAUGCCCUCUCCCUCCCACCCGCGCCCCUCACACACCCCCUCCCGCUCCUGCACUCGCGGCCAUUGGUCGAGCAAGCGCCAAUCAGGCGCCGUCAUCAGCUGAGCGGCCCCUGAUUGGACGCCCGGCCCGACCUCUGGCGAGCGGUGAGUUAAGCACUUUCACACUCAUACAAACUUUAGCGUCUGCCACCUCGGCGCCUUAGCCUGUCAGGUUUGUUGCGUUAUUCUCUAACGACAAGGUAUACCUCUUUAAAGGACUGCUAUUAACUCACAGUUCAGUUGUGAGUCGAUAAUGUUUUGCCAACUUUUUAAUCCAAAUACAAGUUUUUUAUUGAACAAAAUCGUUUGUUGACGUCACAUUACAUUGUGUAUAAAGUGUCAUGUCGUCGUGUGAGAUGUCAUUUACACGCCGCGUAUGCAAACGUUUUCUCCAAAAGUCUCUCGAUAACUAUAAAUAGAUUUAUUUUUAUAUUUUUAAAAGGAAUAAUAUAUCACUAGACAAACACAUGGAACUUAUAUUAUUUUAGUUUAUCGUUGGAAGUAAAUAGAGUUUUUUAGCAUUGUAACGUCAUGUAAAUGCGACUCAUUCUAAACAUGUUUGCUGUAUGUAUAGCUUAGUUUGAAUCUUACAACUUGUCUUUUAGUUAUAGUUCACUAGAUUACUCAAUAAUUUUAACGACAUAUUUGAUUGGUAUUGUUUAGUUCUUAUUUCAUGGUAAUAGCGGCUAUUUUCCCAGAUAUGGGCGGUGCCCUGCACAUAUCUCUGAUGUAAUAUUUCUUAUAUAAAUAAGUUUCACGUUUUCAAAGAUUCAUCGAUCUCCCGUAAUAAGAACUUUAUAGUAAUAAAACAUAGAUGUGAGUUCAUAUAAUUUUUUUAUUGUAAUAUUUUAGAAUAAUUUCGAUACUUAUAAUGUUUAAUUAAUGUAAGCGUCCUGUAAAUCGCUUAGAGUAGAUAAUUCUAUUUUGUUUAAUUGUUUAUUGUUUUGGUCUUCAUGAAUAUUUAAGUAAAUCGCGAGGCUGUCAUGACGCCACGUAUCCUCAAAAAAAAUGUAUGAAAAUUACAACUUUUUGCAGGAACGAUAGUAUACGGUCGCUGCCAGUUUUCAUAUAAAUAAUUUCAAUGGACUGUCUUAUUGUAAUCCUGACGUCUAGUCCCAAUCACAAAAUAAAAUCGAUCGUGUAUUAUGAAAUAAUUGCCAAGUAAAACUAUUAAUUUAACCAAAAAAGUGUAUGUAUUUUUGUUUUUGUUGUAAUGCUUUAAUACAAGUACUGGGGAGUUGAAUAAUUCGGAUUAACAUUAGUUAAGAUAUUGGGUUUUUCUGUGAUUGACUUCUGAUGUUUAUCGCCUAAGGCUUAGUUACACUCGGUGUUCUGAAAAUAUUUUCAUUUUGAAAAUGUGAAACCAUUGAAUGGUUUAUGCAAUAAUUAGUUUGACUCAAAAUCGGAAUGUUCACUUAUAGAAUGGCCAUGAAUCGUAGCGAUUGUGAAAUAGAAACACUUAGACGACUGAAAAUAAAUCCACUAAAUUAUUCGGAACAAAAUUAUAGCCGAACGUCUAAUGCCACGAUAUAAUACGCAACGUGUCUACUAGAUGGUGCUACAAGAUUUUUUUAAACUGACCAAGAUAUUCUAAAACUAUCAUUUUUCCAAAAACAAUUAAUUUCGUAUUGUUUUUAUCCUGAAAAACCUAAAUUUAAUUUGUGUAUAAAUUACUACAACCACAUUAAACUUCACUUAAAACUAAAAUGUAAAAGGUAGUGGCGACAUCUAGUAGGCAAGUUGCAUACUAGCUCGUACUAGAAGUGCUUAUAGUAUAAGUGUUUGUUUGAGGCGCCACAUAUCCUGAGCCGGGUAGGUCGCGCGAGGUUAGCACUGCCACUAAUAUUUCAUCGUAAUUUGUAAGAAAAGCUUGCUGUUCCCGCGUUCACAUAGUGAACUAGUUAGGAGGUCUCCGGUAAGGGUGCUUACAUAGAGAAUCGGAUUCCCUGUACCUACCUGUACCGGUAACCUGAUUAUGCGAAAGCGCUCAUGACAUUAAAAAAUCCGGGAAAUGCUCCGUGAGUGAGCGCUUUCGCAUAAUCAGGUUACCGGUACAGGUAGGUACAGGGAACCCCUCUCUAUGUAAGCACCCUAAGGCAAAAUAAACCUUAAACCAUAGGACCUAAGGCUCGGAACAACCGAUUGUACAUAAGGAUGCUGUAUAAAUAUUUAAAUGUUUAACGUACAUUUUUGAUGAGCAUCUAGCGUGUGUGAAGUAUGUUAAGAACACAGUUGUUUUAAGAAUAAGACGGAAAUAAAAAUAGUAACAUCGA